AUACAAUUUUCCGUAUGCUGAUAGGCUGCUAGAAGCACUCGUUUUCCUUUGAGACGCCUCGCAUGACAAAACGUCGCAACGGUAUGCAGACAGUCGCUCUGUGAGUGCAUUCAUGUGCUGCUUCGUCCACCGAGUCUUGACCUUGUUUCGAAACCAAAAAAGCACCGCUAUCAGCGAAACAAAAGUUGUGUUACCAUCAUGGUCACUAAGAUUCUUUCCACAUCUGUUUUCGUUGCCGCCAGCUACUUAGCCCACGCUUCUUUAUCUAACUUUCCCGAGCUGAAAACAUACUUGUCGGAGCAUCAAGACAGCAUGAAGGCACACCGGCAAUUUCCAAUUUUUUGCGCUCUAUCAACGCUCAUACCAGUUUGACCCUGGCUUUGAUACUGAUGGAGAUUGCAUUUACGGCCGUAAUUUUGAGUGCUACCCCGAAGAAUCAUACUGCAUGGGAUUCGUUCUGCAUCGGCGCCCGUCAGCGAACAAACAGAUCAACAGGACACUUUACCUGAUUACGGAGACCACCGAAGGUUACGAGAAGGCAAAUGCCUACACACCAUCUCAAAUAAGCGUGAAAACGCUUCCCCUUCAAUAUAUCUUCCUGGCGGCCGAAUACGACAAUUGCGACAUCGUGCGCGUGCCACACAUGUCCAAUGGUUGUGAAGUCUGGGUUCAAUUAGACAAGAUCAACGAAGUCAGCAGCUUGUGCUUGUUCAUCUACGACCUGCUUUGCGGCCCAGAAAAGUACAAGACCUACGAUCCAGAAGCUUGUCGGAAUGUAACAGUCACUUAAUAAAAUCACAACGGAGUGCCUUUUCGAAA